AAUAAAUUUUAAAAUAUUUAAGAAUAAUCAAAGCAAAAUCAAUAGCAUCUUUUAUCCAGAAAAAUAAGAGUGAAGAGCAGGAAAUGUUAACCUCAUGAAGCCCUAAGUCCUAUCAGUGGAGAUUUUAAGUAACAUGUUAGUGAUCACAGUCCAAAAACGAAUCCGAAUUAAACUGACUCAGAUUAUUCAUUGUGCUUAUCACUUGUGUUUGAAUAACAAUGUUUCUUUUUCUUUUCUGAAUUCAAGUUCACAAACUAUUUUGAAUUUUUGCAUGCCUAUUAUUUCCAGAAUGCAGAACUGCUUAGAGGACACAGGUAUUACUCGGUGGAGUUAUUAAGGUCCCAGCAAAUAAGAAAGAACAAGUUGUUUCCUUGUUGUUGGCUCUAUAGCUCUGUAGUUUUCCAGAGAGAAGGGUGGUUUUCAGAUUAUCAUCCAUUAUGAAAGUUUUAAAAGAUGCUCAGCUGCCUACCAAAUCAUAGGAUGAAGGAAAGGGCCUAGCAGAAAGACAGUCGCUCUGACUUCCCUUCAAUAGACAGCACCAAAGUCAUACUGAACACCAGUUUUUAAAGACUUUUCUGAAAAAAAUAAGAAACACUUAGCCCUUUGCUACCAAGACCUGGUUGAAGAAAAUGCUGUUGGUUCCCUGAGGGCUGGCUCUGCUGUCUUGUUCAUUUCUGCAUCCCUGAUGUCUAGCACAGUGCCUGGCAUAUAACAGAUGCUCAGUAAACAUUUGUUUGAGUGAAUAAACAAUUCGAGAAGCCAAUGGACAAAUCUUCUUUCACAUCAUUCUAUCCCUUUAUGGAAUGUCUAUUAUAAGUGAAGAAUAACACAAUAGCGGUUUUAUAAUACUCCUCAGGCCCUGAGGCUAACCAGACCUGAUUUCAGUCCUCACUUUAUCACUACUCACUAUAGAGCCCUGGUCAAGUUCUCUCCACCUCUCUCUCUAUGUCUCAGUUUCUUCAUCUGUAACAUCAAAUGAAUAAUAGUACCAACCUCCUAGGCUUCUUAAGAGGAUUAACAAAGACAAAAUAUGGGAAAAACGUAACAUGGUGUCCCAUAAUUAUGAGAUCUUAUUAUUGACACUACAGUGGUAUUAAAAUUACCAAAAGGAAGACAGCAUCUUUUUCCUCUUUGGUCCUGAGCUGGUUAAAGGGAACACUGGUUGCCUGAACAGUCACACUUGCAACCAUGAUGCCUAAACAUUGCUUUCUAGGCUUCCUCAUCAGUUUCUUCCUUACUGGUGUAGCAGGAACUCAGCCAGCACAUGAGUCUCUGAAGCCUCAGAGGGUACAAUUUCAGUCCCGAAAUUUUCACAACAUUUUGCAGUGGCAGCCUGGGAGGGCACUUACUGGCAACAGCAGUGUCUAUUUUGUGCAGUACAAAAUAUAUGGACAGAGACAAUGGAAAAAUAAAGAAGACUGUUGGGGUACUCAAGAACUCUUUUGUGACCUUACCAGUGAAACCUCAGACAUACAGGAACCUUAUUACGGGAGGGUGAGGGCGGCCUCGGCUGGGAGCUACUCAGACUGGAGCAUGACGCCGCGGUUCACUCCCUGGUGGGAAAGAGCAAAAGGUUUAUGAAGGGGCUCACAGAGUUGUUGAAAUUGAAGCUCUACCACCACAUUCCAGCUACUGUGUAGUGGCUGAAAUAUAUCAGCCCAUGUUAGACAGAAGAAGUCAGAGAAGUGAAGAGAGAUGCGUGGAAAUUCCAUGACUUGUGGAAUUUGGCACUCAGCCAUGUGGAAAUUCUGAAGCUCCCUGAGAAUGGGAUGACUCGUGUUUGAAGGAUCUUAUUUAAAGUUGUUUUUGUAUUUUCUUAAAGCAAUAUUCACUGUUACACCUUGCGGACUUCUUUGUUUACCCAUUCUUUCAUCCUUUAUAUUUCAUUUGUAAACUAUAUUUGAAUGACAUUCCCCCAAAAGAUUGAAAUGUAAAGACGAGGCAGAGAAUAAAGGGUUCUAUGAAAUUUGGAACUUUAUCUCUGAAUGUAACAUCCCUAAUAACAACCUUCAUUCUAAGACAGCAAAAUAAAAAUUUAACAACCAAUGAAUAGUAUUUAAGAAAAUGUUGAAAUAAGUUUUUUAAAAUAGCGUUACAGACUGAAGCAGUCCUGAAGCAAUAGGUUUUCACUCUCUUAUUGAGCCAAUUAAAUUGACAUUGCUAUGACAAUUUAAAAUUUCUAUAUGGAUGAAUAUUUUUCAUGCAUUUCUAUUUUAUAUGAAUAUAUUUUUAUGUAUUUAUUAUUAUUAAAUAUUUCUACUUAAUGAAUCGAAAUUUUGUUUUAAAUUCUACUUUAUGUAAAUAAGAACAGGUGUUGGAGGAAAAAACUUAGGAUCUCUAGAUUGAUAUCUGAAUUAAAACUAUCAACAACAAGGAAGUCUACUCUAUACAACUGUCCCUCAUUUAAAAGAUGUAUUAAGGUUUUCUUUUCUAUGUUUGUUUUUGUUUUGUUUAGUUUUUAAUCCUGUCUUAGAAUAAUUUAUCUUUAUCCUCAAAAUUAAAUGUAAUUUUUUUAGUGACAAAGAAGAAAAGAGACCUCAUUACUCAACCCUUCUGGCCAAGUAUGUCUUGCUUGUGGCACCUUCCUCAUCUCUAUACAGGAGGAUCCCAUGAAUGAUGGUUUAUUGGGAACUGCUGGAGUCCAUGCAGAGAACUCAGCUUGAAGUUGGAAGCACACAGUGGGUAGUAGGAGAAGGACCGGUGUUGGUGGGUGCCUACAGAGAUUAUAGAGCUAAACAAAGCCCUCCAAACUGGCCCCUCCUGCCCACUGCCUCUCCUGAGUAGAAAUCUGGUGACCUAAGGCUCAGUGUGGUCAACAGAAAGUUGCCUUCUUCACUUCAGGCUAAGUCUUUACUAUGUUUAAGGUUGUCUUUCUAGUGAGGAGAUACGUAUCAAAGAACAUUUGUACAAUUCCCCAUGAAAAUUGCUCCAAAGUAUGAUUAACAAUAUAGUCAGUGCUUCUGGUUAUAUACAAGUACUUAGUGAUAAAUGGAUUUAAAAAUAUUCAGAAAUGUAUUGGGGGCUGGAGGAGAAUAAAAGGCAGAGCAAGAGCUAGAGAAUUGGUUUCCUUGCUUCCCUGUAUGCUCAGAAAACAUUGAUUUGAGCAUAGAUGCAGAGACUGAAAAAAAAAUUUACUUUGAUCUCUGUUUUUGAAUUAUUAUUUAUAUCUUGCUUACUAACUUUUUUGCAUUUUGUCCUCUUGUGGGGAGGGCGAUGAAUUAAGAGUAGUGGGGUGGGUGGGGAGUAAGUAAAAUUUCAAACAGCAUUUUAGUGAAUGCAAUUCAGUAGUCCUGAAGCCUGAUUUAAUAAAACAAAAUUCAUUUAUGGUUGUUUCAUGAAAGUUAUUAGAUAGCAUCAAAUUUUGUUUGUAUGUUGUUUGCCUUGCUCUGGUUUUGCUUUUGUGCUUAGGCAAGUGCAAAAUACUCUGUGAAAAUCAUAAUUGUCAUCUUCUUCAUUGUGUUAGGGAUAUAUUGUCACACGAUUUCAAUAAAUCCUUUAAUUUUUUGCUUU